CAUCAAAACUUGAUCAUUUCGUCGACUUGGGCAUAGAAACGAUCCAUCUGACACCAAUGUUUGAAACGUCAGCAAGGGACAUGGGAUAUGACGUCACAGAUUACUAUAAAGUAGAUCACAGGCUUGGUACAAUAAGCGAUUUGGAAGAACUCAUCAAGGAAAUGAAUAAAAGAAAUAUGAAGUUGCUGCUAGAUUUGGUGAUCAAUCAUAGUGGUCAUGAAAACGAAUGGUUCCAAAAAUCCAUCGAUCGAAUCGAUCCAUACACUGAUUUCUAUGUUUGGAAAGAUUCCAAGGGCUUCAACAAUAAAACUAAGAAAGAAAUACCACCAAAUAAAUGGAGUAGUUUCUUCGGUGGUUGGGCUGGUUCUGGUUGGGAAUGGAAUGAAAAAAGAAAACAAUUUUAUUUCCAUCAGUUCUUGCCGGAACAACCUGAUCUCAAUCUCAGGAAUGAAAUUUUGAAGAAAGAAUUAUGGAAAAUAAUUGAGUUUUGGCUCAACAAAGGCGUAGCUGGGUUUAGACUUGAUGCCACUCCAAAUUUCUUUGAAGAUAAAGAAUUUAGAGACGAUGACUACGGACGCCAGUAUGAUCUACCUGAAGUUUACGAAUUUAUACACGAAUUCCGGACGUAUUUGGACCAUUAUAAUAAGGAGCAUGGUGGUUUUGAAAGGAUUUUCAUUGCCGAAGCACAUACCGAUUGGAACACUGUGAUCGAAUACUAUGACAGAGAGGAUUAUCCAAUCACACAUUUCCCCUAUAUGUUUCUGCUCGAAUAUAUCGAUGAGCCUUUGCGUGCAAAAUUUUUGACUCGUGAUCUUUCCGAUUGGAUGAUGAUACUACCGAAAGGAAAGGUAUCAGCUUGGAUGACUCAAGAUCACGAUAAUCCGAGAGUAGGAUCGCGAAUUUUACCAGAAUAUGGUGAUAUUUUCACAAUGAUAUCAAUGAUGCUACCUGGAACGGUAUGUGUGUAUUAUGGACAAGAGAUUAAUAUGAUGCACGGUUUGGUCACUAAGGAUCAAAUCAAGGAUUUCUCAGGUGAAGGUACCAGAGAUCCUUGCAGACUCACAAUGCAGUGGGAUGAUUCCAUUAAUGCUGGAUUUUCAACCAACAUUACAACGACGUAUCUACCAGCAAAUUCUGAUUACUUUGAAAGAAAUGUUGAAGUGCAAAAAAUACAGCCAGUCAGUCAUUAUAACUUAUUGAAGGAUUUAUCAACGUUAAGGCAAACGAACACUUUUAAAUAUGGAAAAUUUAAAAAUGAUGCUUAUUAUGAAAAUAUCUACAGUUUGUCCAGAUCAUAUGAAGGUCACGUGCUCACAGUGGUAGCCAAUCUUUAUCGUACUUCUUCGUUUCGUGUAAAUUUAACCGAAAUACUGAAUAACCAUCCCAAUGAGAUUAUCAUAGCUGCAGCUUCUGUAAACUCGGGAUAUAUAAAAGGAUUUAAUAUAGAACAGGAAUCGCGAGAAGAAUUCUACAUGAGACCAUUAACAAGUGUGGUAUUGGAAACCUAUCAACCUCAUACAUGAAGAUGAAGAUAGCAGCCCUGACUUUUAGAAAAAGUAUACUUCAUUGAAUUCAGACAUUUGAGGCAUUCGUAUUGAAAAACGCCAAUCUUUUAACUAAACUGUAUGUAUAAAAUGAAAAAUAAAAUCUGUGACUCUUUUCAAAUUUAAAA